CAUAAAGAUAAGUUGACAAGUAGCUAUCUAAUUAUUGUGAAUAAGUCAAUGUUUAUCAUUUUAGACUACAAAAUAAUAAUAAUUUUCAUUCUGAACGUUAAUGAAUUAUGAAAUUAAAAGAAAACAAAACUAGGAAGUGAAUUUGAAUUUAAGUAGCGAGAAAUGGGAUACAGUUACAAUGAGGAGUGAAAAGGAAAAAUUCUUCCGUGAAGUUAUUGCGUACUUAUUCAUCAUCUUUCUAAUCAUCAUUCCAUUGAUACUAAAGAUUAAGCAUCUGCUGAGAAAUUUCAACACAAAUCAUUCAAUUGACCUUGAAAAUGGAUCAAGUUCACGAUCAUCAGAGCUGACACUUUGGGUCCCUGAAAAUGGAGGUGUCGAGUGACAGAGAGUUGUGUUGAGAGUUAUAUUUCUGACGUGUUUCCAGAGUGGAACACUUAACAUGAUGUUUAGUAAAUUCCUAGACGAAGGAACGAUUUAUGAUAAUUUUUUUAAGAACUUUUCAAGUGUCCCACU